CUCACAUCACUCACUCACACACACACUCACAGUGAAUCAGCAUCAGUGUCAGCGUCUCUGAUCGUCAACGUCGUCCAGCCGCAGCCGCAGUAAACUUUACAGAAAACAAAAAAAAAAAAAAUAAAGAAAAAAAUCAUCCCAACAAGAAGUCGCCCCCGCCCUGCCCCCCACUCAUCAUCAUUCAACAUGCAGAGCGAUUUUCACAGAAUGAAGAAUUUUGCCAAUCCCAAGUCCAUGUUCAAAAGCAGUGCUGUUCCGGCUAACAGUGAACAGGUGGCCCCAGGACGUCCAGAACCUGCCCCAAAUGCUCCAGCCACUGCCGUUCCACCAGCAUCUAAAGAGGAAUCGAAACCCGUUUCUGGUGAAUCAGCCCCUACCCAAAUUCCAGGCAACGCAGGCGGCGGCACCAACACCGAUGAGACUGUAAGAACGGAACAUCUGUUCAAGCAUCCACUUCAAAACACAUGGACUUUGUGGUAUUUGGAAAAUGAUCGCAGUAAAUCCUGGGAAGACAUGCAAAAUGAAAUUACCAGCUUUGAUGCCGUCGAGGAUUUCUGGAGUCUAUAUAACCACAUUAAACCGCCAUCGGAGAUCAAAUUGGGCAGUGAUUACUCGCUCUUUAAGAAGGGAAUACGUCCCAUGUGGGAAGAUGCUGCCAAUAAGCAAGGUGGUCGCUGGGUAAUUACACUCAAUAAGAGCUCCAAAAACGAUUUAGAUAACUUAUGGCUCGAUGUGUUGCUUUGCCUGAUUGGAGAGACAUUUGAUAACUCGGAUCAAAUUUGUGGCGCCGUUGUCAACAUACGCGGUAAAAGUAACAAAAUUUCUAUCUGGACGGCUAAUGGUAACAAUGAGGAAGCUGCUCUUGAGAUUGGGCACAAGCUCCGCGAUGCUCUGCGUCUGGGACGACAGAAUUCAUUGCAAUAUCAACUGCACAAGGACACCAUGGUCAAGCAGGGCUCGAACGUUAAAUCGAUCUACACUUUAUAAACGGUUUCUCCUUACCUUUUUUUUCUCUGAAAUAUUUUUUUUUUUAUUUGUGUGGUUCAAAACCAGCAUCUAUCGAGCAGUCUACGCAACACCGGAAACAAGAGAUGUUAAUAAAUUAAUACCUACUUCCUACCAUC